AUGCUCACUCCUCUUGCCCUAGCGUUGGCAAUUUUCGUCUUGGUUCAAGCUCCGCUAAGUUUGGCGACCCCAAUCACCAAGCACAAACACCAGUCUGUCGUGUCUAAGCGAGGGGAUGGUUAUGUUAAUGCCGUUUACUUUACAAACUGGGGUAUCUAUGGAAGGAACUACCAACCUCAAGACCUCCCUGCCUCUGAGAUCUCUCAUGUGCUUUAUUCCUUCAUGAAUCUUCGAGCUGACGGAACUGUGUACACGGGGGACUCUUAUGCCGACCUGGAGAAGCAUUAUGCAGGCGAUUCCUGGAGUGAUUCUGGAACCAACGCAUACGGCUGCGUCAAGCAAUUAUACCUCCUGAAAAAGGCCAACCGCCAUCUCAAGGUCAUGCUGUCCAUUGGGGGAUGGACGUGGUCCAGCAAUUUUCCAGCUGCCGCAAGCACUGCUGCAACGCGUGCUACAUUUGCCAAGUCGUCAGUCACGCUUAUGAAAGACUGGGGUUUUGAUGGCAUCGACGUCGACUGGGAGUACCCUGGGGAUGAAACGCAGGCAGCCAAUAUGGUACUUCUUCUUCAGGCUGUUCGGGAUGAGCUGGAUUCGUACGCGACACAAUACGCCCCUGGUCACCACUUCCAGUUGUCAAUCGCAGCCCCUGCUGGUGCUACGAACUACGCAAAACUUCACAUGGCCCAACUCGGGAGUGUUUUAGAUCACGUCAACUUGAUGGCCUAUGACUACGCUGGUUCUUGGGAUACCUACUCCGGCCACUCUGCAAACCUAUAUUCCAACGCCGCGCAGCCACACUCGACGCCCUUCGAUACCGAUAGCGCUGUAAAGGCUUACAUUAACGGCGGUGUUUCCGCAGGGAAACUUGUUCUCGGUAUGCCAAUUUACGGCCGUUCGUUUGAGGCGACCUCCGGCAUUGGUCAGCCGUUCUCUGGAGUUGGUUCUGGCUCCUGGGAGGCCGGGGUGUGGGACUACAAGGCAUUACCCAAGGCCGGUGCCACAAUACAGUACGACGAUGUUGCGCAGGCUUACUACAGCUACGACUCAAGUGCACAGGAGCUCAUCUCCUUCGACACCCCUGAUGUAGUCCAGAAGAAGGUAUCAUACCUCCAGAAUCUGAGCUUAGGUGGCAGCAUGUUCUGGGAGGCCUCAGCCGACAAGACUGGUACAGAUUCACUCAUCCGCACCAGUUCCGAGUCUCUUGGGUCGUUGGAUACAACUGAGAAUUGGCUUGAUUAUCCGAACUCACAGUACGCGAACAUUGUCGCAGGAAUGUCGUAA